GAACAAUGGCAAGCCCUGAGCAGACUUAAAAUGGUACCGGAAAGCCCAUGACUGUAGUGUGUGGAGCGGGAGGAGCUGAGCAGAGGAGCUGUGCGGAGCCUGUGGUCCCCCGUGAGCGAGGACUCUCCAGGUGUGGCAGGAAGGGGGAGUGUCAGGGUGGAUGACUGCUGUGUUUCUGGCAUGAGGAACCCGAGGUCGGGGACUCCACUUGUCUAGCUGGACCGUGUGGAGGAGGAGCAAGUCUGCUGUGAGAGGCCUGGGGCCUCUGUGCCUAUGUGGACUGAGAGGUGCCGUCAGAAUCAUGGGUGUCUGGGUGGCAUUUCAUACCGUCUGCCUUGGUUUGAUCAAGGUGCUAAGACUCUGGACCCAGGUCCUCUCUAGCAUGGCCAGACGUCCGAGGAGUAGCAGGGCAUGGCAUUUUGUCUUGAGCGCAGCCCGCCGGGAUGCUGAUGCCCGGGCUGUGGCCCUGGCAGGCACCACUAACCGGGGCUAUGACUCUGAUGGGCAGCACAGUGACUCCGAUUCUGACCCUGAGUCCUCGUCCCUGCCACCAUCCAUCCCCAGUGCUGUGCCUGUGACAGGGGAGUCCUUCUGUGACUGUGAGAGCCAGAGCGAGGCCCCCUUCUGCAGCAGCCCACAUACCACGCACCGUGGCAAGGACUGCCGCUGUGGAGAAGAGGAUGAGUACUUUGACUGGGUCUGGGAUGACCUGAAUAAGUCCUCAGCUGCCCUGCUAAGCUGUGACAACCGCAAGGUCAGCUUCCAUAUGGAGUAUAGCUGUGGUACCGCAGCCAUCCGGGGCACCAAGGAGCUGGGGGAUGGCCAACACUUCUGGGAAAUUAAGAUGACCUCACCUGUCUAUGGCACUGAUAUGAUGGUGGGCAUUGGGACGUCAGACGUGGACCUGGACAAGUACCAUCACACCUUCUGCAGCCUGCUUGGCAGGGACGAGGACAGCUGGGGCCUCUCCUACACGGGGCUCCUCCACCAUAAGGGUGACAAGACCAGCUUCUCAUCACGGUUUGGCCAAGGCUCCAUCAUUGGUGUGCACCUGGAUGCCUGGCACGGGACGCUGACUUUCUUUAAGAACAGGAAAUGCAUAGGAGUGGCAGCCACCAGACUGAGGAACAGGAGGUUCUACCCAAUGGUGUGCUCCACAGCGGCCAGAAGCAGCAUGAAGGUGAUCCGUGCCUGUGCCACCGCCACCUCCCUGCAGUACUUGUGCUGCUCCCGCCUGCGCCAGUUGCGCCCUGACUCAGGGGACACCCUUGAGGGCCUGCCCCUGCCACCUGGUCUCAAGCAGGUGCUGCGUGACAAGUUGGGCUGGGUCUUGAGCAUGAACUGCAGUCGGCGCAAGCCCCCAGCGUCCCCACCUGGUACCCCCAGCCUAGAGGCCAGGCCCUGCCGAAGGAAGAGGUGCCGACGGACCUGACUUGUUUGUUUUCUGACAAAAACUGCCUUCUUGGGCUGGGAAGGCCACUCCGUUCCUCCCUCCUUGCCACCCUGCAGGGCAGAAGAGGUGGACCAAGGUCUGAUGGGGGCUGUCCUAUCUCUCCUAAGGCCAGAACAGUCCCUUCUGUAGGGGAUCCAGAGCCGCUGGCGCUUCCUGGCCCUGGGGCCCUGCUCUUCUUCUAGCUCACUCUGCAUGUCGUCCACUGCCGUUCCCAUCACACAGACCCCAAUGACUGUGACAAAUGUGGGAUUUAUGUCUUACACAGCUCUGAGAUUAAAGACUCUGCCAGGCCUGG